AUGCUGUAACUUUAUUUUACGUCUACUUUUAUUCAUAUGUUCUGCGUUAUCAAAGUUGCGUGUUAAGAUCAAAUGAUCGUUUUGAAAUGACUACUGUACGACUGUGGGUGAUGCAAGAUUUAGUUUACAAAAGCGACACAAAUUGUAAAUCGCAACUUCGCCUCGAUAGACGUACUUUUCGAAUACUUUGCCAUAAGCUGUCCACAAUAAGCGGACUAGAAGAUAAUAGGAAUUCUGAUGUUGAAGAAAUGGUUGCGGUAUUUUUGUAUGUAAUUGCACAUCACCAUAAGAAUAGAGUUGUAGGGUUUAUGUUCAAGCGAUUUGGAGAAACCAUUAGCAGAUAUGUAAACACGGUAUUGAAAGGAGUUAUUAGACUUCAAGGGGAGUUGCUCAAACAACCAGUUGCAGUGGCUACAAGUUCUGUUGAUGAGAGAUGGAAUUGCUUCAAGAACUGCCUAGGGGCAUUAGAUGGAACACAUAUUAGUAUCCAUGUGGCAACCGAAGACAAGCCUAGGUAUCGUACAAGGAAGAGCUCGAUUGCAACUAAUGUAUUAUGUGUAUGCUCCCAUAACUUGGAGGUUAUAUAUGUGUAUCCUGGCUGGGAAGGUUCAGCUGCCGAUUCUCGUGUUCUUAGAGAAGCAAUAUACAAAAAGAAUGGCUUAGAAGUUCCACAAGGUUACUAUUACCUUGUCGAUGCCGGUUAUCCGAAUAGUGGAGGAUUUCUUGCGCCUUUUAGAGGUCAACGUUAUCAUUUAAAGGAAUGGGGGCAAGGUCGUUUAGAACCAAGGACAGCUGAAGAACUAUUCAAUAUGAAACAUUGUAGGGCUAGGAAUGUGAUUGAACGCGUUUUUGGAUUGUUGAAAAUGAGAUGGGCAAUACUUCGGAGUCCUUCAUGGUAUCCAGUAAACAUACAUUGUCGUUUUAUCAUGGCUUGUUGUUUAAUCCAUAACCUUAUUAGGAGAGAAAUGCUUAUGGAUGAAUUUCUAGAGGAAGACAAUUAUGAAGAUGGACCAGUUAAUUUAGUUUCUCCUCAAGAAAGUCGAAUGAUAGAAUUUGUUGAUUCCUCAGAUUAUUGGGUUGUUCAGAGGAAAGAGUUAGCUGAUCAAAUGUGGGAAAGAUGGACUGCACGUAGACGUAGACGCGUAGUUAGUUAAAAAACUUUGAUUUUCCUGUAUUAGUCUACUUUUUAAUAACUUUCGUUUGUUACUGUAUGUUUAUUGAACUCCAUUGCAGUUAUAAGGAUUUAUGUUUGAACAACAGGGAUUUCGUUUGUUACUUUGAUUUUCCUGUAUUAGUCUAUUCUAUUUCAUA